AUGUCUCUCGUUCCCCCCGACCCGUCGCAGAACUUCGCCUUCAUCUUGCGGCAACCCGACAUCAGCUCUUCCCGCAACGAUGCCGCACGUCAGUCGCAAGGGACGGUGCAUCACCGCCUGGAACCAGUGCCUCUGCUCAACACCAACGUUGACGGCAAGAUCAAGGUACAGUACGCCCUGACCCAGGUCAAGGGUGUUGGCCGCCGUUACGCCAACAUUGUCUGCAAGAAGGCCGAUAUCGACCUUGGCAAGCGUGCUGGUGAGCUCAACUCCGAUGAGCUCGAGCGCAUCGUGACCAUCCUGCAGAACCCCGCCGAGUUCAAGAUCCCCGCCUGGUUCCUGAACAGGCAGCGCGACAUUGUUGACGGCAAGAGCAGCCAGCUCCUGUCGAACAACAUCGACUCGAAGCUGCGUGACGACCUGGAGCGAUUGAAGAAGAUCAAGGCCCACCGUGGUAUCCGCCACUACCUCGGCCUGCGUGUCCGUGGUCAGCACACCAAGACCACUGGUCGCCGUGGCCGCACCGUUGCCAACAAGAAGAAGUAA